UGUGACCUCCGGAGGAAUUGAAUCAUCGCUGACGACACCGUGUUACGAAAAAAAAAAAGAGACGACAAAUUUCAUGCCUCAGAAAUUGAUUCUAGACUAUUCCUCCGUCCAGAUUACAAAACACCCGGUUUUGCCCAAUUCUCCCAUCUGUUCUUCCUGCUCGGGAUUUAUCGCGUCUGACCAAUUUGUCUGUGUGGUUUUUCGUUGAUCGGGAUUCUACAAAUUGUUACAUUAAAAUAACAGCAACAAGUAUAUUCAAGCAACGAACUUCCCAACUUCUCUUGUAUAACAUGGAAGAAGGCACAAUAAAUGUUGAAGUUAUUUGGAGGGGCACGAAGUUGAAUGUGGAGGUGAACACAAGAUGGACAUUAGGAGAGUUAGGGAAGAAACUGGUGGAGCUAACUAAUGUAAGGCCUGAUACUUUGAAGCUCCUUGUUCCACAAACAAACACUAAGGGUUCAAGGCUGCUUGCUCCAUUUUCUGCUGAUAAUUCAAGUGUAGAAAUACAAGAAACAGGCAUUAUCAAGGGGAAACCUGUAAGAAUGAUGGGCGUUUUUGAUGAUGAAAUUAAAGAAGUUUCUCAAAAUAAUACGAGAGCAGACCUCAGAAUAGCUGGUUUUGAAGAGGAAGACAACCGAUUGAGACAGCUAUCAUCAUAUAAACCUUCAGCUUCUCUUAAACUUCCACAAGGACCUUACAUAUUUUGUGAUUUCCACACACUAGAGCUGCCUGGGAUUAAGUUGAAUCCACCACCAUCUAAGGCGCUUAGAAUAAUGCACGUUCUUGCUUGUGAUCCUGGAAUCAUUGCCAUCAUGAAUAAGCACCGCUGGCGGGUGGGGAUAAUGACAGAGUUAGCUCCUGUUGGAUAUGUUGGUAUCAGUCCUAAAUGCAUACUAGGAUUCAAUAAGAAUCAUGGGGAGGAAAUUUCUCUUCGCCUGCGAACAGAUGAUCUGAAAGGAUUUCGGAAAUAUGAAAGCAUCAAGAAAACCUUGCUACAUGAACUUGCACAUAUGGUGCACUCUGAACACGAUACUAAGUUUUUAGCCCUAGAAAAACAGCUGAAUGAAGAAGCUGCAAGCUUAGAUUGGUCAAAGACAAGAAGUCAAACUUUAAGUGGCCAAAAGGUGUCAAAUCAUUACAAUAAUGAUGUAGAUUACCUUUUGGAAGCUGAUGAUGUUGGCCAUAGGCUCGGAGGAGGAUCCAAUUCGUUUUCUACUGCGCGUGCAUCCUCUGUGGCAGCAGCUUACCAUCGCAAUAUAAGUUCUAGUAUGAGUAGCUUGUCAGGGUUUCAAGCACAGAAUAAAUCUGUACAAGUGGAUGCCAUUAAUGAUUCUUUGGAUGGUGAAUAUGAUGAUGAAAGACUCAAAUAUGUUCGGGAUAACAAAAAUGCUGAGCCGGAUUUUGAUAAUGCUCUGAUGUUGAAGAAUAAAGUAGAUAAUCUAGUUCUCGAUGGUAUCAUACAUGAAAGUUUGGCUUCCUCUUCUGAACCCACCAUGAUUGAUGUGGAUGAUAAUGAUGUUUCCCAUGAAGAAGCUUCUUUGUCCUCUGAUGAACCUGUUUCUGAUAAUGGAGGUGAAGAGGUUUCAGUAGAAUGUGGGAACCUUGUGCAACAAGAUUCAAUCAGUUCCUUGGACGUUGGAUUGGUGAAGGCUGAGUCUGAUCUUGAUUGCCAUAUGCGUGAUUCAGACAAUAUAGAAUUACAAAGAAUUGAAGAGCCUGUGGCUGCUAUCUGUGCUCGGAUUCAAGAAUCCAUCAGGUCACUGAGAUCCGAAUUAACCCCUCAUGUGGCUUCUUUAGUUCUUCAGACACUUUUGAAGAUCAUCAGGAAUAUCAUAGAGCACCCAGAUGAACUAAAAUUCAGAAGGAUAAAGAAGGCUAAUGCUCAGUUUCAGAGGAAUGUAGCAAAUUAUAAAGCUGCAAUGGAGGUUCUCAGUACGGUAGGCUUCAUUGAAGAUGUUGUAGUAGAUGCGGUUGGUGUUGCUGAAGCCUAUUUGGUGCUCAAGAGGAACGAUCCUGGAUUGCUGUGGCUUGCGAAAUCUUCUCUCGAGGUGUUCAUUUCUUAAUCAAUUCAUGUAUCCAAAUGAUCGUUAGAAAGUUCAAAUUGAUUGAAGAGUUGGAAGACUGUAGAAAAAUGAGCUUCCUGCUUGAAAAGAUGUUUAGGUUACAAUAUUGCUGUGUCGUUAAUUGUAUGUAUUAUUCAUCCAAAUCUAAACAUUAUAGAAAUAAUAAUAAUAAAAAAGUUUGGCAGCAAUUGCCGCAGAGUUCA